AUGAGAAACAUCGACUAUGUUCAAUAAAAUAAUAUAGACAAGAAUAAUUGCAAUGAUGAUGAUGCAUCAACAGUAUUUGAACAGAGAAAGGAUUCUAAUAAUCAUAAUGAAAAUAAUAAAGUAAAAAAGAUGAAGAAUGAAAUUGAAAGAGAUAUUUCCCAGUUAGGAGCGACAUGCACAUUGAUUUGUAGAAUAAUUGGAUUCACUUUAAGAAAUCUCAUUUAGUUUAUUCAAGCAAAGGGCAUGGGUUAUUUUGAUUUCAGGAAUAUGUCCUCUUAAAGUUUUUUCUUUCUGCUAAGAUUGAUGUUCUAAAUUAAAGAUGACUACUUGAACCUAGUAUAUUCAAUUGUAGCAACUGUAAUUUGCGCAAUUAUUUUCACACUGCACUCUCUUAUGAACUUUGAAAGAUUUAUUAAGUUGUCAAUAGUAUCUGUUAUUAUACUGAUAUUUAUAUUGGGUCUGAUAAUCGGCUAGACUAUUGUACUUAAUCUUAAAGAUAAUAAGGUCAUAGAUCAAAGUAUUACAAUGUUAAAAUUCGAAGAGCCAUACAAUUUAGCAAACCAAAUAUACAGAUAAUUUGACUAAGCCUUUGCUAUUGCUAUAUUCACUUUUAUUAUUCUGAAGGGUAUUAUAUAAGGUCUUUUGAUGAUGCAUAUUUCAAUUGAAUAGCUUUGCAUUUUAUAUGAUGAACUAUUUAAAGGAUCAGUAUCUUCUAAUACAAAAAAAAUUACAGAUAUAGUAUAUAGUGACAGAUAAUUAAAAGAAGAUGAAAUUAAGGUCCUAAACUAUACUGAAGAAACUAAUGAAAGGUUAGAGGAUAGCUUCUACCUCUAUCUCAACAAUUUCAAUCAAAAUAUAGAUCAAUACAGCAACGGCCAGGAGAAGAAUUAAAAUAAGAAAUUUUUCGUAGGUACUAAACUUAGAGAAUCAUAUUAUCUUUCAAUUAAAAAUCAAAAAUAUUGGAUGGCUCAUGUUCAAUAUCAGUUCCUUUGCUCUAAUUUGUGUUUCCUGGAUAUUUGA